GCGGCUGCUAGGACGGGGGACGGAGCGUGUAGGACCUAAUAAGAAGCCACAGGAAAUUGAAGGCAAUAGAAGCGUGAAGACGCUCGAAAGCUAGGGUUCGGGCGAGGGCAGGGCAGGUGGCGGAGAAGAGGUUCGGCGACGAUCAGCGAUGGAGGGCGCCCUGGCCACCGCGGCCGCCAUCACGGACCAGCGGCAGAAGAUCGAACACUACAGGCUCAUUCUCGCCUCCGUUCUCUCAUCCUCCCCCGUCGACACCUCCCUUGCCAAGCGUUUCAUCGAUCACAUGGUGUCGGACGAGGUUCCACUGGUGGUCUCGAGGCAGUUGCUUCAGUCCUUCGCGCAGGAUCUGGGAAGGCUGGAGGCGGACGUCCAGAAGGAGAUCGCUCACUAUGCUUUAACUCAGAUCCAACCCAGAGUCGUGUCCUUUGAGGAACAAGUGCUAAUUAUCAGAGAGAAACUGGCUGAACUCUAUGAAUCCGAGCAACAAUGGUCAAAAGCAGCACAAAUGCUGAGUGGGAUCGAUUUGGACUCUGGUGUUAGGAUUCUUGAUGAUAUGUAUAAACUCUCUAAGUGUGUCCAAAUUGCACGCCUCUAUCUUGAGGAUGAUGAUGCUGUUAAUGCAGAGGCCUUUAUCAAUAAAGCUUCUUUCCUAGUCAGCAAUAGUCAGCAAGAAGUGCUAAAUUUGCAAUACAAGGUUUGUUAUGCUAGGAUAUUGGAUUUGAAGCGUAAGUUCCUCGAAGCUGCACUUCGUUAUUAUGAUAUUUCUCAGAUUGAGAAACGUCAAAUUGGAGAUGAGGAGAUUGAUGAGGAUGCACUGGAGCAAGCUCUUAGUGCUGCCGUGACAUGCACAAUAUUGGCUGCUGCAGGACCUCAACGGUCUCGUGUUCUUGCUACUUUGUAUAAGGAUGAGAGAUGCUCAAAGCUGAAAAUUUAUCCGAUUUUGCAGAAGGUGAAUCUUGAAAGAAUCUUGAGGAAACCAGAAAUUGAUGCAUUUGCUGAGGAACUGAAACCACACCAGAAAGCACUUUUACCAGACAAUUCAACGGUGCUUGAUCGUGCGAUGAUUGAGCAUAAUCUUCUGAGUGCCAGCAAAUUAUAUACAAACAUAAGUUUUGAGGAACUAGGAACACUGUUGGGUAUUCCUCCUCAAAAGGCUGAAAAGAUUGCUGCAAGAAUGAUAUAUGAGGACCGAAUGAGGGGAUCAAUCGACCAGGUUGAAGCUGUCAUACAUUUUGAGGAUGACACUGAGGAGUUGCAACAAUGGGAUCAACAGAUUGCAGGGCUCUGUCAAGCGCUUAAUGACAUACUUGAUAGUAUGACAAGCAAGGGCAUGUCAGUUCCGGUCUGAAUAAUGUCUCAUUGGGAAGUCCAUAAGUAGAUAUGAGUAGUGGUAAUUUUAAUUCUUCUGGUUGAGAACCUCUUGUACUCGAAGCUUUCUUGUAUGAGUAAAUGUCUCAUUGUAAGUGAAAAUAUAUAGCAGUUUUGUUCUUUAAGAUGGUUUCCACCGUUA